AUGGUGGAGUCUGAUCACAAGCCGUUGAUGGGGCUUUUGGAUAAGGCAGUGGCUGAUUAUUCUCCUCGGAUCCAACGUAUGCGACUCCAGCUCCAACGUUUUGAUUUCAGGUUGGUCUACAAACCUGGGAAGGAGCUAUUUAUUGCAGAUACUCUGAGUAGAGCUCAUAUGCCAGCCCUGUUUGCUGAUAACGUCACGGAGGGAUGCCAGGAGCAAGUACAUACAGUCCUGGAUCACAUUUUUCCUCGGCGUGAUACUCGAUCCCGCUAUGCUAAGGCCACUGCGGACGAUCCGGCGCUGCAGUUGGUGAAAGAGUUGCUCCUGUCUGGCUGGCCCGAGAAAAAAAGUCAUUGUUCCAUCCCUGCUAGUCCGUUCUGGAAUGUCCGUCAUUCGCUUAGUGAAGUGGACGGUCUGAUUCUCUUUGGACAACUUUUAGUCGUUCCAGUGUCCUUGCGAAGGGAAGCAAUAGAAGGCAUUCACUUCGGCAAUUUUGGUAAAGUGAAGAAGGUGAGACGGGCCAAAUCGUCUGUUUUCUGGCAUGGCUGUGAUGACCACAUCGGCAACAUGGUGGCCAGUUGUGCUACCUGCCAGAAAAACCGCCACAAACAUCCAGCCUUGCCCUUAUUUCCAGUUCGUCUUCUAAUUUCAUCCGUUUCAGAUGGUCUCCGCGGAUAUCUUCCAGUUUGCUGGGGUUCAUUAUUUGCUUCUAGUCGACGAAUACAGCAAGUGGCCAUGUGUGGAAAAAAUGAAGUACCUCACGGCGGCUUCUAA